GCUCAAGGCGCCACCAGCGCCGCAUUGUUUCAAGUCCUUCGCGGGACAGCCGAAAGGGCUUGCCACACCCGGCGCGCCUAGCUGCGUUUCGCCAUGGGUGGUGGUGCCAGCAGCGGUGCCAAGCGGAAGGCACCCAAGGAGAGAGCACCAGAGGGGGUGGUCCCGUCCAAGCCGCGGCAUGCAGACGAGUACUUGCGCCAAGUCCAAGCCGACCGAAAAGCCAAGCGCUCCACGAAAGGGCGUGCCACUUGCAGCACUUGCUCCACUGGCUGCACGAGUCGCUUGACCAACCAGAGCCUCACCAGCGAGCGGAGCCAACGGAGUGUGCGGAGCAAGGGUACCAGUGGCACGCCCAAGAGUGUGAGAUUUGCUGGCCAAAUGGAAGACGUUUUGGAUGCUCGAACUGCACAGUGGCCAGUUGAACUGCCCAGCGGAACCGUUUUCGUAGAGGGCCAAGCCAUCUAUGCCACCUGGGCCUUAGUAGUGACAUGUAAGACUUCUGGCUAGAAUAUCCAAGUGGGAGUUUGGCAAACACCUGAAAUUCAGGCAUUUCAGGAAGACAGACCACUUCUGUCGGGAUGUAGAUGUAUGGAGAGCGGAGAGGAUGCAGGCUCCAGCAGGAUGGCAGCACUGGAACGAGCUCACUCGCAGCGCCGCAGGUGGGGAGAUUAUCUGAGACAACCAAUUGCUGGCCAACGAUGCAAAGGUAUUGGAUGCUGGAAUUGCUGAAGGUAUCGCUGUGAAUGUUGUCUCCAAACCAAACGCAGUGAUAGCCUCCAACCAAGAUGAAAUUGCCAGUCUUGGCAACAUGGUUGACUCGGAACUUCUCCGCGUGGUCGAAAGUCCAAAUCACGAACCACAAAUUACUUCUUCAACGGCCUUUCGCAGAUUGCC